AUGUUAUCUACAAUGGCUAAGAUGGCUGUAGCAGGAUGUGCCAUCUAUAAGAUCUACAGAAAGGCCGAGAAGGUGAUGAAGAAUGAUGAAGAAUAUCUCAUGAGAAUAACAGGUUACACCAGAGGGCUGGCAGAAAGAAUGAUUGAUGAGGCAAAAAAACAUUCUAGGGAUAAGGAAUAUGAACUGUCUGCAGAGUAUUUCUAUUAUGCAUAUAAGUAUUUAGAUUCCUCUUGGGAAUACGUCGUAACCCAAAUCGAUUCUCAAGAAGUAUACAAGCUCUUGCAUGCUAAGAAAUCUCAAGAUAAAUGA